AUGCCUCCAGUAUCCAUAAACGAAGAUGCUCCAAGGAAAAAGUUGCGAGUGGCUAUCAUAGGUCAAAGCACUUUUGCUGCAGAAGUGUUUAAACUUUUGGUUAAAGAUGGUCAUGUCAUCGCUGGAGUAUUUACUGUACUUGAUAAAGGCAACCGAGAGGAUCCACUUGCUACAACUGCUGCACAGAAUGGUGUGCCUGUCUACAAAUACAAGACCUGGCGUGUGAAAGGAAAAAUCAUACCAGAGAUACUUGAAGAGUAUAAAUCUGUGAAUGCCGACAUCAAUGUGCUACCAUUCUGCACCCAGUUCAUCCCAAUGGAAGUGAUACUACACCCGAAGUAUGAGAGUAUCUGCUACCAUCCCAGCAUACUGCCAAGGCAUAGAGGAGCAUCUUCUAUUAACUGGACUUUAAUAGAGGGCGACACCACUUGCGGCCUGUCCAUAUUCUGGGCGGAUGACGGGCUCGACACGGGCCCAAUACUGCUGCAGAAGAGCUUCCCGGUCACUGUGGACGAUACCGUGGACUCCAUAUACAACAAGUAUUUGUACCCGGAGGGUAUAAGAGCUUUGGCCGAGUCCGUAAACAUGGUGGCGAAUGGAACCGCACCAAGAAUCGCACAAACUGAAGAGGGCGCCACCUACGAUCCUGCCCUAUUCAAACCAGAAACGCACAAUAUUGACUUCUCCAAAGGCGGAGUAGAGUUACACAAUUUCAUUAGAGGGCUAGAUUCUUCACCGGGAGCUACCACAUUUAUCAAACCACAGACAAGAGAUGGCGUAGACGAUUCUAGCGAGGCGACCGUAGAGAUAAAGUUAUUCGGUUCUAGUCUAUGGCAGGGGGAGUACGAAGCUGAAGGAGACAAAGUAUACAUACCGGGCUUGGAGAAACCAGCUGUUAUACAUGAAGCUGGGCUUCUGAUUACAGCAAACGAUGGGAUUAAGCUCAAUAUUCAAAGGUUAAAAGUGGACGGAAAAAUGAUAAACGCCCAAAACUUCUACAAGAGGAAUGACAACAAAGUCACAAUAGAACUGACGCCUGAGGAGAGGCAAUUCGUCGACGGUGUCCGAGACAUAUGGAGGGCUAUAUUGAGAAUAGAUAUCGAGGAAGGCACAGAUUUCUUCGCAUCAGGAGCAGGCUCAAUGGACGUGGUCAGACUUAUAGAAGAAGUGAAAGACUUGGCUCAACUAGAACUUUACAAUGAAGACAUUUAUUUAAACACAACAUUCGAAGAAUUCUACACAGCAGUCGUACUCAAAUCAAGAGGCGGGUCAGGUGCCAAAGAAAUAGUUUACGAUGGACUCGAAUUGGAAGUGAACAAAAUGAAGAUUAAAUUUCCUACUCAAUUGUUUAUUAACGGUGAAUUCGUGAACACUGAUAGCGGUAAAACCUUGACCAUAGUUAACCCUAGUGAUGAAAGUGUGAUCUGUAAAGUGCAAUGCGCGUCGGUUAGUGAUGUAGAUAAAGCUGUCGUAGCUGCUAAGAAGGCCUUCGAAGAAGGCGAAUGGUCAAAGAUUAGUGCAAGGGAGAGGGGACAGUUGUUAUUCAAGUUAGCGGAUUUAAUGGAGCAACACAAGGAGGAGUUAGCAACCAUAGAAUCCAUAGACUCCGGUGCUGUAUACACUCUGGCCCUGAAGACUCACGUGGGAAUGUCCAUAGACACUUGGCGAUACUUCGCUGGAUGGUGCGAUAAGAUACAAGGCACCACUAUACCGAUUAACCACGCUAGACCUAAUAGAAAUCUAACGUUGACCAAGCGAGAACCGAUCGGCGUGUGCGGUAUAAUAACACCGUGGAACUACCCGCUCAUGAUGCUGUCGUGGAAGAUGGCCACCUGUCUCGCGGCUGGCAACACUGUCGUCAUCAAACCUGCUGCGGUAUGUCCGCUGACCGCUCUGAAAUUUGCCGAGUUGUCAAUAAAGGCGGGAAUCCCCGCGGGCGUGAUCAACGUGUUGCCCGGAAGCGGAACUGUGGCGGGGCAAGCACUUUGUGACCAUCCGUUAGUCAGAAAACUGGCUUUUACCGGAAGCACGCCUAUAGGUCAAAAAAUUAUGGCAUCGUGUGCAGCGUCUAACAUGAAGAAAGUGUCAUUAGAGUUGGGGGGCAAGUCACCCCUCGUUAUAUUCGAAGACUGCGAUAUGGACAAGGCCGUUAGAAAUGGUAUGUCUUCAGUAUUCUUCAAUAAGGGCGAGAAUUGCAUAGCCGCCGGCCGUUUAUUCGUCGAAGAGACGAUACACGACGAAUUCGUGAGACGAGUCGUGACCGAAACUAAAAAGAUAUCGAUUGGGGAUCCUUUACACCGUGGCACCGCGCACGGACCACAAAACCAUGAGGCACAUCUUAUGAAAUUAAUAGAGUUCUGCGAUCGCGGCGUUAAAGAAGGCGCCCGCUUAAUAUACGGGGGUAAACGCGUCGACCGCAAGGGAUACUUCUUCACCCCCACUAUCUUUACUGACGUCACCGAUGACAUGUUCAUAGCUAAAGAAGAGUCGUUCGGACCUGUGAUGAUCAUCAGCAAAUUUAGCAGCAAAAACGUGGACGACGUGAUCCGGCGCGCGAACAACACCGAGUACGGGCUGGCGAGCGGCGUGUUCACGCGCGACGUGUCUCGCGCUCUACAGUUCGCCGAGCGAGUGGAGGCUGGCACUGUGUUCAUUAACACGUACAACAAGACCGACGUCGCCGCGCCCUUUGGGGGAUGCAAGCAGUCCGGCUUCGGGAAAGAUUUGGGUCAAGAAGCACUUAAUGAAUAUCUCAAAACGAAAUGUGUUACCAUAGAAUACUAA